AUGGCCCCAAAUACAGCCGCAGAUCUUGGUCCCAAUAGACUCGGUGGUCUCGAUGUGCCCGAGCUUCAACACGGGAAGAGAUGGUGGUUUCAAGAUCCUGGGUUGCGUAAAUUAUACUUCCUCAUUUUUAUUGCCAUUCUGAGUUCAGCUACCAACGGUUACGAUGGAUCAAUGAUGAACGGACUCCAAGCUUUGACUUAUUGGAAAACUUAUUUCAACAACCCAAGUGGAUCUCGCCAAGGACUUCUUAACGCAAUUCAAUCUGUUGGAUCUGUUUGCUCUUUACCAAUUGCUCCAAACCUAGCAGAUUGGAUUGGUAGAAAGUACAGUAUUUUUAUUGGAAGCCUUGUCGUCGCCAUUGGAGCAGGACUUCAAUCCGGGGCCACGGAUACCGGGAUGUUCAUUGCAGGGAGAUUCUUCAUCGGUCUUGGCUCUGGGAUCAAUGGAAUCGCCAGUCCUCUCCUCAUUACCGAACUAGCUCACCCCAAAGAACGCGGGAAGAUCACUGCAACCUACAACACGUUCUACUACUUCGGCUCAACCAUUGCAGCCUGGACAACAUACGGCACAUUACAAAUCCCUAGCAAUUGGUCAUGGAGACUUCCAAGUCUUUUACAAGUAGCACCAAGUGCCUUUCAGCUCAGUUUCCUUUGGCUUCUUCCAGAAAGUCCAAGGUUUUUGAUUUCAAAAGAUCGACAAGACGAGGCCAUGGGUGUGAUGGCUAAAUAUCACGCGAAUGGAAACAUUCACGAUGAGGUGAUUAUGUUCGAGUUCGCCGAGAUAAAGGAAGCUUUGAAAGAAGAGAAAAUCAAUUCCAAAGGACGGUACAUGGACUUAAUCAACACUCCUGGAAACCGAAGGCGUCUCUUCAUAUGUCUCUGCUGUGGUUUCUUUUCCCAAAUGUCUGGCACUAGCCUUACCGGAUACUAUCUCAGUAAAAUUCUUACCGACGUUGGUAUCACAGACCCCCAAUUCCAAAACAGGCUUAACGGAAUCAUCGGCACAACAAACUGGAUCGAAGCCAUUUGUUUUGCUCUUCUCGUUGAUCGCGUUGGCCGCCGGCCACUUUUCCUUACCUCUGCUUCUGGCAUGUGUUGUACCUUCGCAACAUGGAUUGCUUUGACAGCUGUUCAGAACCGUAUAGGAGCUUCCGGUCCUGGGAAAGGAGUUAUUGUUAUCAUAUUCUUCCAUAACUUCUUUUACAAUCUCUGCUGGCAUGUGACGGUGUCACUCAAUGUCGCCUAUCCAUGCGAGAUUCUACCGUACAGGUUGCGCGCGAAUGGUCUCAUGGUCCAGUCUUUGGCAACAAAUGUGAUGUUGUUCUUUAACCAAUAUGUUAAUCCAAUUGGCAUUCAGCAUGCGAGUUGGAGGUACUACUUCUUGUUUGAAGCAACUCUUCUUCUUCAGCUCGUCACUGUGUAUUUCUUCUUUAUUGAGACGAAAGGUGCAACCCUGGAAGAAAUUUCCCGUACUUUCGAUGGCGAGGAUGCUGUCAAGGAGAUGAAAGUGCGCGCCUUGGCAACUGAGAAAGUGGAUAUGGUGGAGCAGGUUGAGUAUUUGAAUAACAAAGGAAGGAAUACCUCCAACUUCGGCCAGCCGGAGUUAUAG